UCAAUUGCUCUGCGAUCUGCGGCGCUUUUCUGCCAGAAUACACCGCUUUUACGCUAUUCCGGAAUAGAACUUUUAAGUCGACUACGCAGUCCAGUUGGGGUCAGUUCAAGUUUCUUUAGCAGACCCUCCACUGUUUCCUCCUACCCAUUACUCCCUCGAAUUACCUUCGACCAAUCGUCUGGUACUAUCGUCGCUGAAAUCACAAUGGACCAACAGCUCGAUGUCUCCAAGCUCAGCGAUGCUGACAAGAAGGAAUUGAACCAGAUCCUCACGAAUGAAGCUCAGAAGUCCAAUAUCCAGCAAACCGUGCAUCAUCUGGCCGACGUGUGCUGGAAGAAAUGUAUCAAUGGGAGGAUUUCAUCAGGCCGCUUGGAUCAGUCCGAAGAGACUUGUGCACAGAACUGUGUGGAGCGGUGGAUGGACACAAAUCUUGCUGUUUUAAAACAUCUGGAAGCCCUUCGCUCGCAAUGAUUGCUUUCUGUUUCUGGAGACGAAACGUUUGGUAGAUAUUCGAUGUGAUUGCCAAACGUGUGGCAAUGUCGGAAGUUUGUUUGAAAAAAGAGAACUCCAUCUUUUCCAGCAUGACGACUAGACGGCCUUGUACUAUAGAACAACUAGAGAUAACCCAUAUAUUUGUUACGUACGGGCGUCUUUGCCCAUACCUUGUUGGGCGACAACUUAAAACCGCUAACCUCUGCACCAAACUCCAGUAGCCUGCCUACUUUUAAAGAGAGCAGAUACGGAAAACAACCAUUAGAUAAUGUUACAGAAUCCCGAUGUUUAC